AUGCUGAAGAGCGUGGGGGAGCAAACAAUCAUUCUGCUGGAGGAACCAAUCAUUUUCUCGGUCGCUGAAGAGCGAUUCGCGCUAUUGGAUAACGGAAAUAACGUGGUGACGACGAGGCUGUCGCAGUCGUGCUCGAUUCCGGAGUGGAGGAAGGCGAUUGCGGCGCGUGUGGGGAUGGAGGAAGAUUCGUUUCAGUUACAAACGCGGAAUUGCGCUAUUGAAAUAAAGAACACAAUUCGUUCUUAUGGGGUGUCGCCCGAAACUGUUGUAUAUCUUACGAAGUGUUGUGCUGUUUGUUGGACACUUGAAUGGAAGGGAGAUGAUUACUAG